AUGGCGCCCACGGGCCUCCUCAACUCCUUCCUGGCCGCCAUCCAGGCCUCGCUGUCAGUCCUGCUGGUCAUCUUCUAUGGAGGAGUCGCCGCCCACCUCAAGCUGCUCAAUUCGGCCAAUACAAAGGCACUCUCCAAGAUAUGCGUGCGCAUGUUCCUGCCCGCCCUGCUGAUCGUCAAGAUCGGCUCCGAGUUGCACGUGGGGUCGGCGAAGCGCUAUCUCAUCGUCUUCAUCUGGGCCAUCAUCUGCCACCUCAUCUCCUUUGUUAUCGGCAUCGUCGCACAUUUGUGGCUGGGCAUGCCGGACUGGACCACCGUGGCGCUCAUGUUCAACAACACGACUUCUUACCCGCUCCUCCUGAUUGAGGCGCUGGACGAGACGGGCAUCCUGCGCGCGCUGAUUGUGACGGACGAGACCACCGACGCGGCGGUCGAGAGGGCCAAGAGCUACUUCUUGGUCUUUGCCACGGUCAGCAGCUGUCUGACUUUUGCCGUCGGGCCGAGAUUGAUCGACACGGAGAAUGCGCCGGACGACGACGAAGGGGAGUCCAAGGACGACGCGCCGGAGCCAGACGAGCCCUUUGACGCUGUGGAGCGAGCGUACCGCGACCAUCCAGACGACCAUGCCGGGGAGGUCAACGAGGAGACGGGUCUGCUACAGAGUCCCGACACAUACACCUUCCCGCAACGACAGUCGACCGUCUCCUUUGCCAACUACACCGAGAACUCGUUCUUCCCGUCGACGCGCCGCUCGUCCUUUUCCGGGCGACCGGCGGCCCAACCCUCGCGUCGGUCGUCGAUGGCCGCCGUGACCCUGCAACGGCGGGCGUCCAUCGUGCCCAAGAAGCAGUGGUACAAGCUCGGCCCGCGCGCCAAAUGGUGGCUGCUGUUCAUUUCGGACUUCUUCAACGCGCCGCUCCUGGGCGCCCUCGUCGGCGUGGUCAUCGGCCUGAUCCCGGUGCUGCACCGCGCGUUUUUCAACGACACUUACGAGGGCGGCAUCUUCACCGCCUGGCUGACGGCCUCGCUGAAGAACAUUGGCGGCCUGUUCGUGCCCCUGCCCGUCGUCGUCGCCGGCGUGAGUCUGUACACGGCCAUGCAAGAGGCCCGGCAGGCGUCCCGCGAGGGCCAGAAAACCCAGCACAUGCCCUGGCUCACCGUGACGUUUAUCAUGGUCGUGCGGUUUGUCCUGUGGCCCGCGGCGUCCAUCUACUUUAUAUUCCUGCUUGCGUCAAAGUCGACCGUGCUGGGCCCGGACCCGAUGUUGUGGUUUGCCAUGAUGUUGAUGCCCACCGGCCCUCCCGCGAUGAAAUUGAUCACGCUCGUCCAAGUCAGCGACGCCGAGGAGGAAGACGAACGCAACAUUGCCAAAUUAUUGACUAUCUCGUACCUCAUCUCGCCCAUCUUGAGUUUCACCGUCGUUGGAGGGCUGAGGGCCUCUCAGGCGGCGAUUCCGUCAUGA